UCAAUUCAUAAACAUACACAACAGCGCUAAAGUCCUUCCUCUUUUUCUGAUCCUAUAUCAGCUGAUGCUGACACAUCCUCAAUUAUUUGCACUUCAGUUCGGUUCCCUUCCGUUCCCUCUACUCCUAUCUAUCGUGGACUAAUUCGACCCUUCUCUUAGGUAUAGUGAAAAAUUUACGCCCUGUCCGCAGCUUUGUCGAUUUGAGGUGUCGGUGGCAAAAAUAGAAACUGUGAUGAGCCCAAAAUAAUCGGCAUAACAUCUUUCCAAUAAUUUUGAUCGGUGGUUAACCAUUAGCGGCUCGGUUAUGAAAUUGUAUAGUUAUAUUUUGAAGCGUGAAAUUUUUCAGAUUUUGUACGUGCAGGAUGUGUAAUUUUUCGCGAUAUGAAGACUUCCUGGCCCUCGUUACGAAGGCUUUUGAUCCGAAGAUACUGUUCCUUACGGUUAUUCCACUGGUCGCCGGACUCAGCACUCGUCUUUACUCGAGACUACUUCUGAGCGUUCUGCUAACUGAGUACUUCAAUACAUUAUUAAAAUGGAUCCUCGCAGAAGACCGCCCUUUUUGGUGGGUUCGAGAAACCAAAGAGUUUACUACGCUCAACCGUCCAAAGUUGUACCAGAACGAGCUAACAUGCGAACCGAGUCCGGGGAAUCCGUCCGGUCACUUGAUGACCUCGACCACUUAUUUGUAUGUGAUAUUUUCCGUUCUCGAGGAAGCGGGAAUCCAAUACGGAAGGACGGUCGUCGUCACACUCCGCGCCUGCUACUAUCUGUCGCUGCUUCUGAUUUCCGUAUCGAGAAUGUAUUUCGGGUGCCAUUUUUUGCAUCAGUGCAUCAUUGGAAUACUGCUGGGGGUUGUCAUGACCAAGUUAACCAUGUCGCUCAGUUUCGAAAAGUAUUUGACCAAAUUGACACGCAAGAGGAGAUUGGGUUAUUGUUGCCUUAUUUGUCUGGUGCUGCUCGGGGUCUACUGGGGUCAGAAGUUAUUCGGAGUGGAUCCGCAAUGGUCGGUUAAAAUGGCCUUUAAAUGGUGCGAUGAUCCGUUCUAUUUGGACCCAAGCACAACCCUGGUAUUCAGUAUUGUACGUCUGACUGGGUCGUUAGUUUCCUUUGCCACCGUAGGACCCGUUUUGAAGUCUGCACCGCUUGAUUUCAGACGAAGUAUCCCACUGGUGCUGGUGAUGAUGACCAUGAACUGGGCAGCUGUCAACUACACGCCACGCUACUAUGGAGUUAUAAUUUACUAUCUCUACACCUUUUUAAUGCAUCUGCUUUUCACUUAUGGUUACAUGCGUCUAGUUCCAGCUGUAGCCAGCGUCGUAAUCGAUCCUAGAGUACAACGCAACAGCAGGCCUAAAAUCAACUAAAAUACAGCGAUAGGCUGUAAACAAGCGUAGUUUAUGAUAUUAUGGCAACUUUGAUAAUGCUUUUAUUCGUGCACAUAUCAAGCGCAUAACCUAGCAUCUGCUCAGAGCUCAAAUCGUUACUAAUACAAAUUUCCUAAACUGAUUCUAAAUAAAUUUGAACAAAAUAUCUUUUCUUAUGAAUGCUUUAUACAACAGUUUACGUAACUA